AUGCAUCCUCGUGACUUGUGUUUUUUUUUUUUUUUUUUUUUUACAGUGCUUCUAAACUCCAGGUUGCUGAUAUCUGCCGAGACUGUUGUCACAUGUGAUGGGUUUGUCCAGCGUCUCAGUUGUGCCUCUGGUGUGAUCCAUGUGGAAUCAGCAACCUUUGGCCGGACAAACAGCAACAUUUGCAGUGUUGGACGACCACAAGGACAAACGAUUAAUACUCAGUGUUCAAUGGGUGUUCCUGAAGUCUCUAAACGGUGUGAUGGACUGAGCGUGUGUGAGUUAAGCACGCAAGGACUUGCAGCACGAGAUCCUUGUGAUGGCACCUACAAGUACUACACUACCAACUAUAUUUGCAUCCAAGCAGAAAAAAGUGUAACUUGUCAUGGUGGAUACUCUUACUUGACAUGUGAAAGUGGUACGAUUCAGAUGAAUUCUGCACACUAUGGACGUACAGAUAAAUUCACCUGCUCGGAAGGACGUCCAUCGAGUGAGCUCCAAAACUCCAACUGCUAUUCUCCCAAUGCACUGGCUCCUGUGUCGAAAAGCUGCAAUGGCUUGGCAAGUUGUGAGUUGUUUGCGACACAAACAGUCUUUACUGAUCCCUGCGUUGGCACGUAUAAGUACCUCACAGUCUCCUAUUUUUGCCUCCCAACUGCACUCCGUUCAAGUGUGAUCUGUGAAAAUGCAAAUGCUACUCUGAAAUGUGAGCCAGGGACUGUCAUUAACGUUCACACUGCUAACUAUGGGCGAACUGAUCGCAGCACAUGUUCUAUCAGAAAACCUGCUUCUCAGACUGCCAAAACAGACUGCUACUCCUCAAACUCCCUGGCAAUGGUUACUGAUGAGUGUGAAGGAAUCAAUAGCUGUGACCUAGUAGCCUCCAAUGGUGUCUUCUCAGAUCCAUGUUUCGGCACAUUCAAGUUUCUGUAUGUCUCUUACAGCUGUGUAGAUGACUAA